AUGAUGAUGAAGAUGUGUGUAGAGCAAAUGUUUUACUUAUCAUUUUCCACUUCCUGUCCUCAGGGCGACCUCCAGAGGACGUCAGAGGUCGAGGGUCAUGUGAUCAACUGUCUGCUGGCGAUGGUGCUGAAGCUAUCGGAGGUCACCUUCAGACCGCUCUUCUUCAAGCUGCUGGACUGGAGUAAGACAGGAAGUAAGGAGCGUCUGCUAACGUUCUUCCGGCUGUCUGACGUUCUGGCGGAGAAACUCAAAAGUCUGUUCGUUCUGUUUGCUGGGAAUCUGGUGAAGCCCAUCGCCGACCUGCUGACCCUCUCCAACUGCUCCCAGACAAGUGAGCCCCUGUUUGCGUCCCUCAGCAGUCAGAAGGUGUGUCUCCUGCUUCACUUCCUGUUGGAUUGUCUCUAUAAGAUCUGUCUCUACGACACGCAGAGGUUCCUGAGCAGAGAGAGAGCAGACACACUGCUGCAGCCCCUGCUGGACCAG